AACUUUUAAAGUCUUCAAGCAACAAAUGGAUGAGUGAGUUGAUCUGUUUUACGUGGAGCAGGAUUGGCAGCCUCUUUAAGCAUACAUCUCAAGAAUGUCGCAAUUCCAGUUUCAUAGUAUGGUGUCGGAGGUGACACGGAUGGAUGGGGAGAUUAAAAAGGGUCCAAAGAUGAGAUGGCAGAGAAAAGCUGAAGAAUCUGGAUUAACUUAUCUCCAAGUGGGAGCUGAGCCCAGAGGACCUCUGUCUCCAUGGAAACCAAGAUCUGCCAAAACACCAUCUGGCAUCACUCCAAAGACGCCAUUGUCACCUAGUAAAACUCUCACAUUCCCAUCAUCAAACAAGACACCUGGGAAGACUCAGCCCCAAGGGAAACACCCAUCAAAAACUCCAAACAAGACGCCAGGCAAACAACCUCAACCAAAACAGGACAGGUUUAUUCCAAACCGGGCCACCACAGACAUUGACAUGAGUCACUAUGCUAUGAUGAAUGACAAGAAUGAUGAGAACACACCACCGCCUAAAACUGGCUACCACCAGCAGCUAAACGAGGCACUUAGCAAAGGGCAGAAUCCUCAGAAUGCAAAGGUGCUCAGCUUCAAGGACAAAGCACCAGAAGCCUCAGCAGGCCAUCUCAACAACCUCAAGGUAUUAUACAGUUCUAGUAAAUCAGCUGUUCCCAAGUGUUCCACGACACGUUUCAUCCCGCAGCAGCCGGACCGGAUCCUGGAUGCACCAGAGCUACUGGACGAUUACUACUUAAACCUGCUGGACUGGUCGAGUAACCAUCUAGCCGUAGCACUGGGAGGAGCUGUGUAUUUGUGGAAUGCCUCAGAUGGGUCCAUUGUCCAGUUGAUGGAAAUGACCAGUACUGAUGAUUAUGUGUCAUGUGUGUCAUGGAUAAAGGAAGGAAACAUUUUGGCUGUAGGCACAAAUAUGGGAAACACUCAGCUUUGGGAUGCUGAAAAACAGAAAUUGGUGAGAACCAUGCCUGGUCAUUCAUCUCGUGUAGGUUCUCUUGCAUGGAACACAUUCAUCCUCAGUAGUGGAGCACGGUCUGGUAUAGUGCGUCAUCAUGAUGUACGAGUGGCUGAUCAUCACGUCGGCACAAUGUCCAAUCACACACAGGAGGUUUGCGGGCUCAGCUGGUCGCAUGAUGGGCGUUAUCUUGCUAGCGGUGGUAAUGACAACCUGCUGAACAUCUGGGAUAACAACAUGUCACACGAGUCUGUGCCAGUACACACCUUCACACACCAUCAGGCAGCAGUCAAGGCGCUGAGUUGGUGUCCAUGGCAAGCUGACCUGUUGGCCAGUGGAGGAGGAACAGCAGACAGACAUAUUCGUUUUUGGAAUGUUUCCACUGGAUCCUGUUACAACUCUGUGGACACUAAUUCUCAGGUUUGCUCUAUCUUAUGGUCAAAAGAACACAAAGAACUCAUCUCUGGACAUGGCUACUCACAGAACCAGCUGACCAUCUGGAAAUACCCAACAAUGACAAGAGUGGCCGAACUUACAGGACAUACAGCGAGAGUGUUGUGUCUGACAAUGUCACCAGAUGGCACCACAGUAGCUAGUGCUGCAGCCGAUGAAACUAUCCGACUCUGGAAAUGCUUUGAUGCUAAACCAACAGCAGCCAACACAAAAUCCAACAAGGACACAAGUAGCUUUGGCCAGAUGCGUGCUGGAAUACGUUAACCUUCGGCACAGUCCAGUCAUCUGAGAAUAGAUUAAACUUCUGCUUAUAUGAAUAUUGGAAUGUUUAAAAUUCUCCACAGAAGCUUUCAUGGGGAAAUGUGAAGCAUAAUGAUACAACUGUGAUGCAACUGUUCUAGCGAUUUACCAUGGUUGUGUUUCUGUAAAUGGCAGAAUAAGUUUAGUUUCCUGGUACUCUGAAACCAGUCCGAUCAAACCCUUGUGAAAGCUGAGAGGCUGAGCGUAGGUAGAUUAAAACCUAAUGCAGACACCAACAGUCUAUCAAUGUCAUAUGUCAGUUAUUAAUCUUGAUUUCACCAAUGAAUUGGAUGCUUAUAUGUCUAAUUGUGCAUGUUAAGGUCUCAUUUUUAGGAAAGUGGGGCAUUUUCUAUAUAAGUCUUCCCAAUUUUUGAAAAAAAUGACAUUUAAGGGAUAUUUUCUGAAACAAUUAGAUAUUUGACAGAUUUUCCUGAAGCAAUUUCACUUGAACUGAAGCUGUAAAUAGUUGAACGUUGUAUAUAUUUACUAACACAAUGGCAUUUUAUGAUGUACAUUUGUAAACAGUUCCUGAAACAGUUUGACAUUUUAUAUGAAUUUGACCUUCACUGAAACAAUGUGACACUAAAAACAGCUAACACUGUAAUAGAUUGUACAUAUAGCUAAAGGUUUGAAUACGAAUCCACAUUAGUUUUGUUUGGAUAGAUAUUUUGAGAUUUUAUAACAUUACAGAUAUAUCUGGUAAAUAACAUAGAAAUCCAUACCUGUUAAUGACCUAGCUGUGUCUGAAGGUUAUGAUGGACAAAGAGAAUUGACCUUUGACCUGUACAUAUUCAAGAUUGCUUGAUCUCCAUCAAGGCCUGAUAUUCUGUAAUAAAAUCUCCAUUGAGGUGAAGCCACGAAAGAAAUGCUACAUAAUGUCAGUCUGGGACUGAGAUUAAUCAACCAGAAAGAACUCCAGGUAAUGGACUCCAUUUCCUAUAUACAAAGAAGCAAAAUUUCAUAAUCACAAAUUACAAUGAAAUAUUUUUACCUG